AUGAAAUUAUUCAACUCCAGAGACUUCAAGCUACACGUUGAUCCCGAAUAUGGAAACUGCUAUACUUUCAAUUUCAACGAUUCGGUAGAGUUGAAAAACAGUAGAGCUGGUCCAAUGUACGGUCUGCGUCUUCUACUAGACGUUCACCAAGACGAUUACAUGCCAACUACUGAAGCUGCAGGUGUUCGUAUAGUCGUACAUGAGCAGGUAGGUUACGGUUUCUGA